ACCUGUAUUUCCUCAUCAUUCAGGGGACUGUGUGGCGGACCUCUAGCUUAAUGCAUGGACACGAAUUGGGACAACCAUGUGAAGUGAAACCUCCUGCAACCUUUCACUUUGGCACGUUCUGUGUUCCAGAGCCAGAUUCAUGGCAUAACGGAAAUUUUGUUUGGGAAAAGGCGGAAGGCCUGACCUUGUUAUGCCUGGAACACAUCUCCAAUUCAACGCUGAGACAGAACAGCACAACUUGAAAUUGAACCUUGAGCCUUGUGCCCAACAGCAACAAAUUGUGGGCACAGAGUGGCUCGAUACAGAAGAAGAUGAGACAGUAUUUCUGUCAAGGUUUCUACAACAUCUUGAUUAAGGCAGAGAGGCCUUCAGGGCGAUACGGACAAGGGCAACAACAGUACUCUGCAAAAAACAACCUUGUCUACUAUGACAGAAGCAGAGCCGUGAUCAGAACAUACACUGUCGUUAUCCUGACAACUGGGAAAGAUUAAGCCAUGGUUGGACGAUUCCGCCAUGGUUGGAUAAAUGAGCCAAGGUUGGACGAUUCAGUCAUGGCUGGACGAUUCAGCCAUGGCUGGACGAUUCAGCUAUGGCUGGACGAUUCAGCUAUUGGUGGAUAAAUGAGCCAUGGGUGGACGAUUCAGCCAUGGCUGGACGAUUCAGCCAUGGGUGGACGAUUCAGCCAUGGGUGGACGAUUCAGCUAUGGGUGGAUAAAUUAACCAUGGUUGGACGAUUCCGCCAUGGUUGGAUAAAUGAGCCAUGGUUGGAAGAUUCAGCCAUGGUUGGACGAAUCGGCCAUGGGUGGACGAUUCAGCCAUGAGUGGAUAAAUGAGACACGGUGGGACACAAAAAACUUCAGCAAAGCGGUGACGCAAGAUCACUCAGCUUCUAAGUCAAAUAAGUCUUCAGCCUGUAAGUUAUCUGGGUCCAAACAUACAAAGAAGAACAGCCGGCCUGACAGGAGUGAGGAGAAACAUGGCAGGAGUGACAAGGUGGUUAAAGACAUGUCUGUCCGGUGCUUUGACAGAGAGGGCUGGACAAAAAGGCAAAAGCUGUCGGACUCGGGAAAAGCUGUCGGAUGACUACGAAGGGGAGGAGAAACUGGGGGGAGGUAUAAAGGGAGUCAGUCCUUCCAAGAUAAAAUGCACUAGCUCUCUUAUCAGCAACACCUACUCCGAGCAGAAGGAGAGAAGAGCGUGUGAGAAUACUCAAAAGGGCAUGCUUGACAAUACACCCAGACGCAAACUCAAAAGGACAGAGCCAGGGAGGUCCCUCCAGGAGCCAGAGGCUCUCAAAAAGCAAGAACCCAGCUACCACCCCAACGCUACAUCUUCACAUAGAAGUCCUGGUGUUCCACAGACCCAAGCGCAGAGCUUAAGUGGAGAGGCUGCAAGAGUGGCCAAGGUGACCGAUCAAGCUGCGUGGCCUACUGAUACCCUUCAACAAGAGUCACCUGAUUACAAGGGAGAGAGGGGGUGUGACCGUGAGGAGGACGGGCUAGACAGAGAGGAUCACCCGAACCAACCUGCUGAGCCUACAUCUGCUGCAGAGUCGUCACUGGAAGUUACUGAUGUCCAAUCAGACUUUCAUGAUAGACUAGACCAGCUGGUGGCUAAACCGUCCAACAAGAUGAAACCUAGCGCUCAAAGCAAAAAAAGAGAUCUGCGUAGCAAAAGAGUUGGCAAAUGUGCCAAGAAACAAGAACCUUUUCACCACCCCAAAGCGGUGACGCAAGAUCGCUCGGCUUCUAAGUCAAAUAAGUCUUCAGCCUCUAAAUCAUCUGGGUCCAAGAGUGACAACAUGGCCCACGAUUCACCAGCACACAGCUUGCACCACAGGUACAGUCAGGACAACGAGCACCCUUGGCUGAACGAGGCUGAGGAAGUGAACAGGGAAGAGGAAGAGUGUCAUGACGAUGAAGAUGAGAUCCCCGGUGAGGAUUUGGCGGCUACGAUGGACUACAACAACAGCGAGAGUCCAGGCGAAUACGAUUGCAGUGACGACUUCAUAGACGACCGAUCUACCGAGGAGGAAUACAGCAAAGAAGUGGAGGAGGAUGAUGAGGUGUUCUGUGCUCAGGUUAAAAGGAGGGCCAAAAAGGCUAUGAGGGAGAUGAAGAAUGUUAAUCUGGGACAUGAGUAUAAGCGCGUGUCACAUUCAGAGUCCGAAGAAGACGAGUACUGCCCAGAGUCUGCCUGUAGCGUUAUGAAAGAGGACACUCUGGGGUGUAAACGUGCCCUGCAAUCAGACUCAGAUGAGUUGAUCAAGCCAGAUGUAAAGCGUGUCAAACUUACAAAGAACAGCCGGCCUGACAGGAGUGAGGAGAAAUGUAGCAGGAGUGCCAGCAUGGUAAAAGAGACAUCUGUGCAGCGCUUUGACCGAGAGGAUAAGACGCUUGUUAAAAAGAGACAGGACAAGUCUAACAAGAGGUGCGAAAGAGUAAUGUCUGCUAAGAACACACAGAUCCCAAAUCGGGAUUCGCCUCUGUACAAAACCAAGCUUUCGGACUCGGAAACCGAUGACUACGAAAGGGAGGAGAAACUGGGGAGAGGUAUAAAGGGAGUCAGUCCUUCCAAGAUAAAAUGCACUAGCUCUCUUAUCAGCAACACCUACUCCGUGCAGGAGGAGAGAAGAGUGUGUGAGAAUACUCAAAAGGGCAUGCUUGACAAUACACCCAGACGCAAACUCAAAAGGACAGAGCCAGGGAGGUCCCUCCAGGAGCCAGAGGCUCUCAAAAAGCAAGAACCCAGCUACCACCCCAACGCUACAUCUUCACAUAGAAGUCCUGGUGUUCCACAGACCCAAGCGCAGAGCUUAAGUGGAGAGGCUGCAAGAGUGGCCAAGGUGACCGAUCAAGCUGCGUGGCCUACUGAUACCCUUCAACAAGAGUCACCUGAUUACAAGGGAGAGGGGGGGUGUGACCGUGAGGAGGACGGGCUAGACAGAGAGGAUCACCCGAACCAACCAGCUGAGCCUACAUCUGCUGCAGAGUCGUCACAGGAACAUUCUGAUGUCCAAUCAGACUUUCAUGAUAGACUAGACCAGCUGGUGACUAAACCGUCCAACAAGAUGAAACCUAGCGCUCAAAGCAAAAAAAGCGAUCUGCGUAGCAAAAGAGUUGGCAAAUGUGCCAAGAAACAAGAACCUUUUCACCACCCCAAAGCGGUGACGCAAGAUCGCUCGGCUUCUAAGUCAAAUAAGUCUUCAGCCUCUAAAUCAUCUGGGUCCAAGAGUGACAACAUGGCCCACGAUUCACCAGCACACAGCUUGCACCACAGGUACAGUCAGGACAACGAGCACCCUUGGCUGAACGAGGCUGAGGAAGUAAACUGCGAAUCGGAAGAGUGUCAUGAGGAUGAAGAUAAGAUCCCCGGUGAGGAUUUGGAGGAUACGAUGGACUACAAAAACAGCGAGAGUCCAGACGAAUACGAUUACAGUGACGACUUCAUUGAUGACUUCAUAAGACUUCAUAUCACUUCAUAAGAAGUGAUACAGAUUGCUUAUUUUAGUUUGAUAUCUAACUUAGCAAAAUGUUUAAUACCUGUGUGACAUAUUCCAACCCAUCCCUGUACCCAUCUCUGUAUGUGAUAAUAAAAUUAAGUUAAA